CCAUCCCCUUCUCUCUCUAAAAUCCUGUCCUGCAGCGACUCUGACCCCCAUUAAUGCCACAACAAAACUCAAAUCCAAGGAAGAAAAGUAAACCACCAUUCGUCUCAAUAAGGCCUCAGAGUUAGAGAGCCUAACGGGCCAAAAACGAUGAAGCUCUUGCCCUCUCUUUUCAAGACCAGCAGAGACACAAAGUCUCCUUCUCUUUCUUCUUCAUGGCCAUGGCCAUCUUGUAAGCAACAGCCCAAGACCUUCUCUUUCAGAGCCGACGACAACAUAUUCAAGACGGUUAACUCAGUCUUCAUAGAUGCCGGCGAUGUGGUCACAACGCCAGAAUCCUCAUGGUUCACUAACUCGUCCGAGUCAGCUAGCUUCUCAACAGUUUCAGAGGUUGUCUCAGGAGGGGGAUCUGUAGAGACAAUGAUUCGUGGGUUACGAUCUGAAAGGCUAUUUUUCGAGCCAGGAGAUUCAAAUUCGAUAUUAGAAGAAGCUAAGGCUGGUGGGUUUCCAUUCAAAGAGAGCUUAGUGUUGGCCAUGGAAUCAAAAGACCCAUAUGUGGAUUUCAGAACAUCAAUGGAAGAGAUGGUGGAGGCUCAUGGGUUGAAAGAUUGGGAGUGUUUGGAAGAGUUGCUUUGUUGGUAUUUGAGGGUGAAUGGUAAGAAGACUCAUGGUUUUAUUGUUGGAGCUUUUGUUGAUUUGCUUGUUGGGUUAGCUGAAACUGAUGAUGGUUCUUCUUCUUCUUCUUCUUCUUCUAGACCUUCUUAUCCUUCUUCAUCUUCAUUAAAAAUUGGUGAGAUUGAGGAGGAAGAUAAAGAUCCUCCUCCUUCAAUUUCAGAGAUUUGAUUUAGAUUAUCUCUGAAUCAUUUUUUGUGUAUAUUAUUUAGGAAGGUAGUCAAAUCUCUCUCUCUCUCUCUCUCACCUGACUCUUGUGAGAAAAAAAAAAGGGUUGUCAUUUAAGAUGAAAAUGAGAUAUGAUGGUUGAUUUUUUUCUUCAACUCUGCAACAAUUGAAUGGCCAUUACUGUUACUUUAGUUGAUGAUAAGUAGUUUAUAGUCAUUUGUGACUUGUGGGUUUCAGCUUAUUAGGGUAAAUUUUAUAUGAUAUAUGCAAGGUAGAUUAGGAUUAUGGGGUGAUAUGUAUAUGUAACAUUGUAACUCAAUUGGGUUUAUAGAAUGAUAAAUGGUCAUUUUUAACA